UAAACAAAAUAGAAAGACCAAAUCAAUGUAGAACCAUAUGCCAUACUUCCCUUCUCUCAUUGACCAAAUAAAUACAUCACCCUAUUGAAGGCUCUGUGUGGGCGGGUUAGAGCCUAUGGUGAGAUAUCAGAUGAGCUGUGCACGUCGAGUGGUGUCCGUCGAUGAUCCACACUCUUCAUUCUUAUUCAAUUCUAUUAUAGAUGUUCUCAUGGAAGUCUCCUUCUUGACAUCUGACUUCACAGGGAUCGAUCUGAACACAGGAAAAUUUUUGGCAGACCUAGAAUACACAGAUCACAUAAUCGUAUCAGGUGAACAAACUGAUAACAUGCCGAGUCUUUUGAACACAUUGAAUAGCCAACUUACGCCAUAUAUGUCGCUUCCACAAUAUCCGACUGUCUGUAAAGGGUCAAGUUCGCUGUGUUCUACCAUAUGGCUAUCAAACAUCGUCAUUAAAGGUAGGAGAUAUGAGAAGGGUUAAGGUGUUUAAUCACCACUACCUUCACAGCAUACACCCUAUUCCGUCGUCUCACAACAUCACCUGAUUAACACAGAAGUCACAUGGAGACUUUUACCGAGGGAGAAGACGUGCGUCAGUUGACACGACUGUGAAUCUUCAUCCACUCACAUACCUCACUGGCUAUCUAACUGGCUGGCUGGCUGGCUAGCUGGGACAUGAUGUUGUACAUGCCUAACCACCAACUGACUCGCAGAACAAUCUUAGCCGAACUAGGUCCACGCUACAAAAUCCUUCGUGG